CAGAACAACAAGUGUUGGUUGAAAAAUGGCAGCGCCGUAGCAUCAUCAGGAACCAUCCGUAGUGAUGAUUUUGUGACAAAAGUAAUAAUAUCACAGUAUUUUUAGAGCGCGAUCCGGUCUGAUUGAUUAAAAUUAAUUGGUCCCAAUGACAUGGGAAUUUGUAGCAGAAGGCACUUUCUACUGACAAUAUGCAUCCUUCAGCUUAUCACAACAAUAGAGCGUCAGGUGUUCGACUCCCUUGGUUUCAUGUGGGCGCCGAUACUGGUCAAUUUCUUCAACAUUAUAUUCGUUAUUCUCGGAUUUUUUGGAGCGUUUCAGUAUCGGCCUAAAUACAUUAUAGUGUAUUGUGUAUGGAACGUACUCUGGCUUGGGUGGAACAUAUUUUUGAUAUGUUUUUAUCUCAGUGUUGGAAUUUUGGACAAGGACAGCGAUGUCCUGAAUUUGGGCACUGGUAGCUUUUCCUGGUGGCAAGCUAAUGGACCGGGAUGCAAGGCUACAUACAAUGUAACGGAACAAGAAGAAUCAUCCAGACCACCAAAACCCGCCAAUGUUACUGACUGUAUCUUGGAUUAUCAAGUAAUAGAAGUUUUUCAUGCUGGAACGCAAUGUCUUUUGGCGCUGAUGGCGAUAGUCGGUGGAAUUUGCUUGAGUCGGGUUUUUCUUGAGGAAGAUGAUAGCUCAGUACAAACUAAAGAUAAGAAGAGUAAAAAGAAAAAGCAGCCAAGGCCGUUGUACAGCAUCGAGUAUUCUCAACCGGAGCCAUCGACAAACGACGAGAACAUAUCUCCAAAGCCGAUGACACCCAGGAGAGUAAAACGUCGCUCUGUGAUAUCGAGGGACGGAACGCGGAGGUCGAGUCGAAGGAGUUCUGUGCGUCAAUCGCGGCGCAAGAAUCCGGUCAACAGAAUAAUAGAUCAGCAAGAAAAUCUCUACGCCAAUACGCAGCCGAGUAAUUUGACAAACCAAAACGUGAACUCACUGUCUCACGAAACACUGAACUAUGACAGGAUCUCCAAUACUUGGGACAGGGACAGGACCAGGAAUCCAAAAUGGCAACCAGAGGCUGUCAACAUGGCCAUAUCGGUGCCCACUUUAUGGAACCAGGACUCAAACUGUUCGAAUGCUAAUCCGACCAAUGAAACCGCCAACCAGAAUUGGGACGUUAAUGCAACUUCGACGAGGAACCUGACUGACAAUUGGCGUUCGACCGAGGCCAGCAUGCAGUGGCAGGGCCAGAGUAAUCCAACUUUUCAACAAACGAGUACGCAGAGUUUGAACGGGGAGGAUUUGGACGAUGUUUACAGCAACAGGCCCGCCAGUGCCAGGUCUAGCUACAGCAAUUAUCACGGGGUCAGAGCUACGCCUCAAGUUCCCAGUCGAACCGACAUUGUCAGGCAAAGCCAACGUCAGUUUGUUCUCAGCGGUCCGCCUGCUUAUCAGGAUACCGUCAUUUGAGAUUUAACGAAAUAGUGUUGCGCUGUUUUAGUUUUGUGUCCCGACAAUUGCACCGUGCCUCAAUAUGGAUUCUUCUUCGCUUCAUUGAUGGGAGAAAUUAGAGCGGUACGUUUAGCCAGCUGCACAAACGACUGAUUUUGAAAAAUUUGAGACAUGGAAGCGUGGGUUCCGAAUGAUAUAGAAUUCACUUUUAGUGGAAUGUUUUUUUUUACGAAUUUCUCUGCCCAACUAUGGAAAAUAUCUUGAUAGAAACGCCUUAUACAUUGGGACUUUGCAAAGAAAAUUUCUCUUGUUAGCUCCGUAUUUUUUAACUUUGUCAUUUCUCUGUGUUUCUUCAUGUCAUUCAGCUUUUGCUUAAAAUGAUUGUGAAAUUCUUUUUCUGUAUUGUUUUGUAGAUUUUUAAUUCAUCGCGCUCACUGGGAAUUCGAAAAAUGGUCAGGCAAGUCAGGGAAAAGUCAGGGAAUCUUGUGGCGGUAUCAAUAAAAAAAGAUAAAGCUGUCCUCACCAAAAACGAAAAAUCAAAUAACAGUUUUUGUCCGUGUGCUUGGUUCCAUGACUAUUAAACAGAUCAUAAACGUAUUUUUUAGUACCGAUUGACUGGAAACUUUAUAAUUUGUUAGAUGUCGAAUUGCCAUUAUUAAUUCGGAUUUUAGUGAGGGAAAAAUUAUAAUUCGGUCAGGAAAAGUCGGGGAAUUUGUGUGUAAGUUAUUCGAAGAGCGUGACCCACCAGCUGUUGUUUGCAACAAAAAUUAUCGUUCCGUUCGGUCUAUUACAAAUCCAAAAGUUCAGAUAAACGCAAUGUUUUAUGAUCGUUGGAAAAAAUUUAUACGAAGUAUGAAUUACGCAAAGAAAUAUUAGACAUUCGGAUAUUCUGCAAAAAAAAAUGGAUUAACAUUAGCAAAUUGCAACAACAUUUUCUAGAAUUCGCAAAAAAUUACACUUUUUCAGCAAAAAGUAGUUACAGGAAAAUUAAUUCCAGCGAAAUCCAGAACCUGAUAGAAGAAAGAAAUUGUUACGAGUCGAUUAAGGAUUUUAGAAAAAUGUAGAAUGAUUUGGAGCAUUUUAGAGAGAACGUUAAUUAAACAAAUUCGAAGGAACUAGAGAUUUUUACGGAUGCACGGCCCUUUUCGAGUUUUAUUCUCCUCUCAUAACUGUUGAAACUUUCCGAUUUGAGAAUUUUCUGAGACUUAUUAUUUGGCAACUUUUAAUGCAUAACUUUUGAAAUAAAAAUUAUUCUCACCGAGACAAGAGAAAUAUAAGACUUGAAGAAAUUUGUCCAAUAAUUUUUUCCUUUUUGUUGACAUUGUAUCACUUGCUCAAAUGAUUCAGCAUCUAUUGGUAUCGUAACUGCUGUACCGAUCUUCCUAUUAAAUUUAGACAAUUAUUUAUCCGACAUUCAAAUCAUUUUCAUCAUCUUUUCACCAUUCUACCUGAACAAUAAGUAUCGAGUAAAUCUCGAAUAAGACAUAUGAAGUUCAUAUAUUUUUCUUACUAAUUAUAGCGAUAUACUUUUGAUAUUAUAAUUGUCCAACCAAAUUUAAUGAAAUUUGAAUUACCACUUUUACAUGCACGUCGCACGUUGAUAUUAUUAUAAGUUCACAACACGCACCUUUUACAAUGAAUUACACAUAUUUCACGUGAUCAUCACACUUUUUUUCCGAUUUACUGUCGUACGUCCAUAAUUAUCGUUAAUAAUCAUUAUUAUUGUAACAAUGAUCAUUCAUAUUGAAUUAAAUGCAAUGAAUCUCAAAUCAAAAAUAAGGAAACUCGUUCGAUAUGAUAGUAGUAGCGACGUUUUUAAAUGUAACUACAAUUAGACGAAACGAAGGAUGAAACUGGCAUAUAGGUUUAUAUGUUUUUAUACAAGUUUUCAUCGUGAUAUUAUUAUAAAUAUACACUAUAUUUGCAAUUGAAAAAUUAAAAUAGAGUACGAAAGAAAAAAGAAGAAAAAAUUUUUAGAGUAAAAAAAAUUUGCUAUUUAUUGUACAUUAAUUAUAAUCGCAAUAUAAACAAUUUAUAAUGAAUAUACAUACAUAUAAGAUAAUUAACGCUUGAAUAAACAAAAUUUACGCCGUCUUCCAAUUUUUGAGAUACACUUUUUUCCAAUAAAAUUUUAUACAGACACGUCUAUUUUGCGUGCAAUAAAUCUAAAACGAUAGUAAUAAUCUUGAUUUUAAAAA